AUGUCAUUUUGUUUUUCUUUUGUCAAUGCGAUAGAAUGCGAUAAAGCUCUCGGAAUGGAAAAUGGUUUAAUUGCUGAUGGACAAAUAACUGCAUCGAGCUACUUAAGCGGCAGUCAUGAACCCUUUUUAGCCAGACUGCACUUAAAACCGGUUCCUUUAGGUAGAAUAGGAGCCUGGGCGUCCCUCUAUAAUGAUUUAAAUCAGUGGCUUCAAGUCGACGUUGGGCGUCAGUACAAUGUUUCACGUAUAGCAACACAAGGAAGAGAGGACAUUGGUCAGUGGGUUACCAAGUACAAACUGCAGUUUAGUGAGGACGGAGUCAUGUUUUAUAACUAUACGGAUGAACUUGGACAGAUAAAGGUGAACACACUUUCCUUGCAUAAGUAAAUAGAGCCUGGGAGAACAGGGUUUACUUAUUGAGGACCUCUGAUACCCUAACCCUAACCACAAAUUCCUUUAUUUAAAGUUUAGCACGCAGCUACAUCUAAGACCGUAUAAUGUGUGCUUAAUUAUUAAUAGUUAAGCUGGUUGAAGAAUCGCGCCAGUGAUUCGUACGUACAAAACUAAGAUUAUCAUCUACUUCUUCAUUUAAUUUCAUAUCGAAAACCUAUGUAUGAUAUAUUUCAUAUACAUAGGAAACUAUUUUGAAAUUUCGAACCAAACCUCUGUUUAAAUAAAGGUGUUUAGGUGCUGUAAUACCUCAUGAAACUCAGAAUUUCAGAAGAAUCGAUAGUUUCUUAGUUUGAAUUUUGAUGACGUCAUGUGAAAACCGAGAAUUGUUUUUUGCUUUUUGGUCAUUUUAGGAAUUUACUGGGAACUCAGAUUCAAGCACAGUUGUUUCAAACGAACUAAAACCUCCAGUCUGGGCUCGAUACAUUAUCAUCCUGCCACUGGCCUGGCAUGCGCACAUAUCCAUGAGAGUUGAACUGUACGGUAUCACGAACGGUAAUAACUUGAUAAAUUAGAGGGAGUGGGGUUCGUAACCCAUAUUUUUUAUCUGAAUUUCAAAACUCCUUGUUUCACAUGCUGAGGAAAAAAUGCCCUCCCUGCAUGUGAGUAUUUCAGUAGAUGACUGUAUAUUCGCAUUUGUCUUGUUCACUGUCGCAGAUUCUCCAGAUCACUGUCGGAAGUAAGACCAUUCAGUCCUUUAAUUUUAUAUCCCUUGGUAGUACUAGGUUUGUAUUGAUUAAUGUCUUAACACUUAUGGGAACGAUUAACCUGAAAGUUUGGGCCAAACCAAUACCCGAGAAUGCAAAAAUUUCACUUCCAGUUGAGUUGCGUCGCUUAAAAACGUCUAGCUCCCAGAUAUGUCGCAGGAAAACUAGCCUAAAAAUUUGCAAUUAAAAGUGCUUGAGUGAGACGUGAGACGAUGACCCUCCAUGAAUUGAAGUUAUCUUAAACCAACUGCUUUGCGUUUGGUAAGGCUUAGUAUUUCUUCGCUCAACUUUUUCACGAUGAUAUCUCAGCGAUACUAAUUACCGCACCGUUUAUUUUGUACUUGGUAAUUAACCCUAAAUUUUGGCUAUUUUUAAGAUGGAGAAAAACCUCUUGGAAUGGAGAGUGGUACAAUACCAGAUGAUCAAAUCACCGCAUCCUCGUCUUGGGAUGAAUAUCAUAGUCCGUACCUUGGCAGAUUACACUUAGAUUCUAUUUAUGCGUGGCCAAACCACACAGGUGGAUGGACAGCUGGAACGAAUGAUGUCAAUCAAUGGCUUCAAAUUGAUCUGGGCAUCGAAUAUAACAUAACUCGUGUGGCAACACAAGGAAGACAAGAAAUCCCGCAUUGGGUUGCCAAGUACAAUCUGCAAUACAGUGACGAUGGAGUCACGUUUUAUACUUGUGUGGACGAACAAGGGCAGGCAGAGGUAACUAUAAUUGGUUGUACAUGUGCAUUGAGCCCACAAAAACGCUAUGUUAUGAGAUGCUGAAGCUUGAGGACGAGGGCUAAAAUUUGUACAAGUAUUAUUCUUACCAUUACUUAUUACAGCUAUUUUAGCAUCACUUUCACUUUUCUAUUGCCUAAAAGCCUCCUUCUCAAACUUUUUUCCAACAAGGAUAAAUCGAUUUAACGAAACGUUGAAUGCAUUAUAACUAUGUUUUGCAACACUAUGCAAAAACAGUUGUGAAGGAGCUACUCGUAAGGUCUUUACUGAUUGGUCUCAGAAAACGAUGACAUGUCAUUCUUCCAAUUGUUUCAGUAUUGUUUGGGGUCAGGGUUAGGCACCAUUAGUGACUCCUCUUCCGAGCAGCUGCUACAUGCUGCAAAAAUAAAUGAAACAAAACUCAGCAGAACCUUCAUUUUUUUUUUAGGAAUUUGCUGGGAAUACUGACCAGAAUACUGUGGUUUCUCAUAAUCUUAGUCCGCCAAUAAGAGCACGUGUGAUACGCUUUCGACCACUGCAGUGGAAAGAUUUCAUUUGCAUGAGGGUGGAGCUCUAUGGCUGUACAGAAGGUAAUCAUAACUGUAGUGGGUCUUCAUAAAGUUGAUUUGAUUUAUUGAUUUCAUUACGGUUACUCAACGCCGAGAAAAGGGCCAAUGAAACAGGACUUGUGUCGCAACAGAGUAGAUCAACUUCUUAAUUACCCACCCACCCGACUCAUCAAUGGUUGACCAAGCCACUGGGGUUACGCCACCUACUCUCCUCAAACCAGAAGAGUUAAAUCAGAGAACGUGUUCUAUGAGAGCUCUCUGCUGUCUUAAACAAACGUAAACAAACAAACAAAUACAAAUCUAAAAUAGGCAAAUAUUUGAAGCAAACUCGCUUUCCUUAUCCAAAAAAAUUUAGAAUGUCAUCAACCUAUUGGCAUGGCGAACGGUGCAAUACCAGAAUUACAAAUUACGGGAUCAACGAUAUGGAGUCCUUAUCAUCUCGCAAGUUAUGGAAGGUUAUUUUUCAAAUUGCAUAGUGCAGCAUGGGUGGCCCAAGUUAAUGAUGGUAACCAGUGGAUCCAGAUUGACCUAGGUGGACAGCACAUCAAAGUAACACGUAUAGCAACACAAGGAAGAUAUGCAUGUUGUGACCAGUGGGUUACCACCUAUAAGCUUGAGUAUGGCAAUGCUAAAGAGCACUUCCAUUACUACAGGACACAAGGACAGGCCGCUGACAAGGUAAAACAAAUUUAAUUCAGAAGCAAAGCUAUGACCAACAUAAUUAUGGGAUGCUGGAAAAAGGUGGGUUAAAUGUUAGAAAAAAAGCUUUACAUUUGUAAUGAUGUGUUAACCUUUUCUUCAAAGGGACGUGGCUCAGUUUGCAACACCAAGGGAAUCGAAGGUGGCCGGGAGGAGGGAAGCUUAUUGGAGAACGAUGAAGACAUGUAUUUCGUUUUUUCAGGAAGUGUUCCUGGAUAUUCUGACGGACAUUCAUGAGUAAAUGUAAAUUUUCUUUUUGGGGGGAUGUCUUUGAGCUUAGCUGUUUUGACAGGUCAGAGGGAGGAAGGAUUUUGGUUUUCCUGUGCCUAUGGCUGUACUAUGACAAACUCCAUUUUCUCUUUUUUAUUUUCCUGGACUGACACUGUUGAUGGAUACUUUUUAACACGCUGUUGCGAAAUUAUUGAUGCGUUUUCUGGAUAUGUUAUUUUGUGCAAAGCAGCUGUCAAUGUUCAUUAAGGUGGUUUUCUCUUUUUCCUCUUCUCGCUGAAGGUUUUCACAGCAAAUACAAACCGAGACACCGUGGUUUCACACAAGCUGGAUCCACCUAUUAGGGCGCGUUACAUCCGUUUCCGACCUUUGACGUGGCAGAACCACAUUUCCAUGAGGAUAGAAUUAUAUGGCUGUGCUCAAGGUACGUAAAAGGCUUGUCAAAAAAUAUUUACUCAGUAUACAAAUACACUGAAUAAAAUGAACUACAGUCCGGGAAUCGUGGAAAAACAAAAGUCAAACAAAGACAUUUUUGGGUACUCAAGCAAGGUCUGGCUUUAAACAGAUUUUUCACUUUUAUAAAGAACGGUAGUACGGUUAGAAAAAUGUCAGUGUCAAUGACAUGACCAAUGCCAAUGCCAAUGACAAUAACAACGUCAAUAGCAAUGGCAAUGGCAAUGGCAAGGUCAAUGUCAUUGUGAAUGACAAUGAUAAUGAAAAUGUCAAUGGCAAAGACUAUGGCAAUGGCAAUGGCCAUGAAAAUUUCAAUGUCAAUGUCGCUGUCACUGUCACUAUCAAUGACAAUGACAAUGUCAAUGUCAUUGUCCAUGAUAAUAAUAAUGAAAAUGUCAAUGGCAAUGGUAAUGACUCUGACAAUAACAAUAACCAUAACCAUAACCAUAACCAUAACCAUAACCAUAACCAUAACCAUAACCAUAACCAUAACCAUAACCAUAACCAUAACCAUAACAAUAGCAAUAACAAUGACAAUGACAGUAUAAAUGAAAGCAGUGCCAGUUGUCUUUUUCAUUGUAGAAUGUCAGGAUGCCCUUGGAAUGGAAAGCGGUGCAAUUGCGGAUUCACAGCUCACUGCCUCUUCGCAGUGGGAUGCAUAUCAUUCUGUGCAACAGGGAAGAUUAAAUUUUCGAGAAGUUACCGGGCAGCUGUCAGGAGCCUGGGCAGCUGGAGUAAACAAUGCCGAUCAGUGGCUGCAGAUCGAUGUCUUGGGUUUUAGAAAGAGGUACACCAGGAUAACGCGAGUAGCCACUCAGGGAAGAGAUUCGUCUUAUAGCGUACAACGUGUAACCACAUACAAGUUGCAAUACAGUAACGAUGGAGUAAAUUUCCAGUACUACAAGGAACGUGGACAACCAACAGACAAGGUAAAAUCGUAUAAACCCUCAGAGGGAAAGUUUAAAUUCUUUGCUCUUUGUUCACAUACACCUUACUUCAGUUUGUAUGAGAAAUUGAAUCAAAAUGACACUCUUUGAUGACUAUGCGUAUCCAAAAAGCGUUAACGGAUACUUUAAGGGGUGAAACCCGCCCCCUCUCUUUAUGUGCUAGGGUUAAUACGCUUUUGUCACGGCUAGAUUUGAAAUUGUACCCGCUGCGGACGUCGUGCUUGUUAUUUAUACCUUUAAGUAUAUUACCAUGAAAAAUUCUUUCAUAUCAACGGGUAAGCCAGCAUGAUUUUACUUUCUGCGUGGAGACAUCACUUUUUUAGAGACUAUUACCUUUAAAGUCGUUUUCCGACCGUGUUAAUUACAGAAUUAAAUGAACUACUAAACAAAGAACACGGAGGCGGAGUGUUGUCCAUAUGGUGGCGGAUUCUCGUGAAACCCAAUGUUAAAAGAGGAGACUGGUUAUGAAAUGAGGAAAAAAAGAAAGAUAAAACAACAAUUUUGCAUUUUAUGUUGGGAGCUUCGACAAGCGACGUUUUUAUUGGCAAGUAAUAUCAAAAUGGCAGGAAUGCUAUUGAAUUUUGUGCAUCUUCAAGUCCAUAAAAACAUAAAACAGAAGAGUCUGAGGGGCUUUACAACCGUUCUACUCUAUUUACUAUGUCAAAAUGGACUGUUGUUGGUUUAUAAACUAAAAACAAUUUUGAUUUCCUAUCUUUUUUUAUCGAGGUAUUUGCUGGAAACUUUGACCACAAUUCUACGGUUCAUCACGACCUUAAUCCACCAAUUAGCGCUCGUUACGUCCGUUUUCGACCCAUGACAUGGAAUCACCACAUAUCAAUGAGGGUGGAAAUCUACGGCUGUACGCAUGGUAAGAUAAGAUGUUAUUUUGUAUGGUAUGCACCAUACUAAUAAUUCUGACUGGAUCAAUUUCUUUAACCCUCAAAUUAUUCUCACUAUAAUAAUUCUCAAACGAAUUUUGGGGAAAAAAUCUCCUGCAGAAAAAUUUAUUUAUUUAACAACGAAGUUCAUGUUAAAACAGCAUAUUCUUCAAAAUUAGUUGUAAUUAGAUUUUUGCUUGAUUGCAGUAAAUCCGCAUUGUUGAUAAAGAGCGUUCAUCCAAAUUUUCAGUUUUUAAGACCGAAUUCUUCGCUGUCCUAGAAAAGGUCAAAUCGUCUAUUAUGCAAAUAUAGAUAAUAUAUAAAUGAACGAUAUUGGUUUGCGAUUAAAAUCAAAGUGAGCAGACUUAAACACUGUUUCUGCAGAGUGUACCUCUCCAGCAGUUGGUAUUGAUAGAGGAAAUAUUCUGGACUCUCAAAUGCAAGCUUCAACCGGGAAUGCAUCACUGGCUCGGCUGAAUGGAGCAUCAGCUUGGUGUCCUGUGAGAGAAGGUCUUGGUGAAUAUAUACAGGUGAAAAGCAACAAUAUUUGAAAUGCUGUAUAUGACCAUAUAUUUCACAAAGUAAGAACACAGUCGUUAUAGUUAAUAACUCAUUUUGUUUUGAAAUUAUUACGUUUAGAUUGAUCUUGGUCGACUGUACCGCGUUUGUGCCGUAGCCACUCAAGGAAAUCCAGGAACAACUAAGUAUUUCUUAAAAAAAUACAAAUUGGGUUGGUCCAAUGACUUGAUUACAUGGGAAACAAGUACUGAGGUAUGGAUAACAGUAUGAAGGCAAAUUCUGUUUUAAGGAAAAUUAAUGAUGUGGAACAUGUACCUAGGACUACAAUUAAAUUACAGUGGAAUCGCUCUUUUGGGACACCUCUAAUCAGGGUACAGAGAUUUUGGUCCCCGAAAAAUGUCAUCACAUCAUCUUUGUAUCUGUUACCUAUAUUGAACGGACACCUCCAUCAGGGGAACGGGGACACUAUUUCUGGGUCUCGAAACCAUUCAGGGGUCACCUCUUAGCGCUCAAAAAGUGAAUGACCACAAAAGGUGUUGGUAAGUUUAAGUGAACACCAGUCCCAAUGACUAGAGCUUUCACAACUUCAUCUUCUCAUAUAAAUUGAUAUACAGUGAACUGUACUUGUGGGAAGUAAAGCACAAUAUCGCGGAGAUAAGUAAUCAUAUUUUUGUUAUAUAUUAUCUAGCUGCUUGAAAUAAUGACUGCAGCAGAUUCCGAGGUAAAAUAAAAGAAAAAGAUUUGAUGGUUAAUUCAGCAAACCCCGGUCCAACCUCCAAUCAGGGGGCACUUUUAUCAGGGGACACUUGCUUUUGUCCCGAGGGCGUCCCCUGCAGAGAGGUUCCACUGUAGACUAAAAUUGAUCAAGUAGGAAAAAGUUUAGAAAAGUUUGCUGACAAAGAACAUUUCUCUCAUCCUUGCUGCAUUAUAUUCGUAUGGUAUACAAUUGUCUCUAUUUGCAGGUUUUAAAAGGAAAUACUAAUUGGGUAGACGUUGUGAAGAAUUCUAUUCCAGUGAUUUACGCUCGAUAUAUUCGUCUUUACCCUGUGAGUUGGUACAUUAGAGGAUGCAUCAGAAUGGAGCUUUAUGGGCAGCCUUGGUCAGAAGGUGAUAUAUUAAAACGUUUUGCCUUAUGCAGGUUUCCUAAGUUAACUGUUUUCGAUAUAGAACUUGACGAGAAUCAUAUUUGUGACACUGUCAAAGCCCAGAGAAAACCUUCGAGAUCUUUUAUUAUUUUCCCUACAGAUUUUGGGCUCCUUUGGUUCCAUAGUUUUAGGGUGAUGGCUCAGUCUUCUUUAGGAAUGACAUAUUUAAGCAAAGACAGCAUAUCCUACAUUGCUUAUUUCCCUAGCUAUAGACUUGGUUUUAGAACUGAUAGAGGGUAACUGAUAGAAGGCAAUCACAAAAUCUUUCAAACAUUAUUGCCUCUUUCAAGGGAUCUGCUUUAUUGUUCUGUUAGUCUUUUUUAGUCGUUUGGCCGUCCCUACCACGGCAAAAGCCAAGCAUAUGUUCUCCCUGAUAAGGUUGCGUAGCUUAAAAGACAAUGGCUCUAGAGAUGAGUCUUAUUACAAACACUUGUCAGGGACUCCUUUUAUUCAGUUUUACUUUUUUGUCUAGUUCCAGCCAAGUUAUUUGCCCCAGUGGCUCCUGAUAAGGCCUUACUCGGUCACGUGAGGUCCACGUUGAAUAACACCAACGUCAUGGAGUGCUUUAAAUUGUGCUUAGUAACCACGCAGUGCAAGUCUUUCAACUUCUGCCACCAGCUGAAAACGUGUGAAGUCAGCGAUUCCACAACCACAAGCUCAGCAAAUGGACUUGAAGAUCACCAAGGAUGUAAUUACUACGAACCUGAGUCUUACCAAUGGAUUACUCCUUGAUGAAAAUUUAGAAACAUGAGUAGAAUAGUGUUUACCACUUAGGCUCCGUUUAAACUUUGCUCCGCUUUGAAAACCAUGUCAGAUAGGGCUUUGGUUCACACAUAAGAACGGUCAUUGCCGAGCAGUUCCUGUAAUAGCAAGGUGGAUAAAGGUCGGAAAGGAACUGCACCGGGCAGUUCUUGAAAGUUUAUCGUCACAUAUCGGACAGUUUUCUGUGCCGCUCUUCGUGGCAAUGUGAACAGGUGUUCAUACCAGGCUGGAGUACUCCCGGAGUAGUCAAUCGAUAAAAAUCGGUAAAUCUGAUUUGAUUGAUAUCUAUUGUAUCGAUCGUUUCAUUUUGAUCAGUUGUCACUAGAGGAUGUAUUUUCUCAGCUGUACUAUAAGUAUUUAACUUAUGCCAAAAAACAUCAAUGUGGGACUUACCGUUAUAAAUCGUUAAAAUAAUGAAAAAUCUAUAAUAUCGAUUUGACACAGCAAUUUAGUUUAUCGAUUUUCACCGAUUUCCGUUAUCAGUCGAUAAAAAUCACUUGAUUGCUAUCGAUUUUUCUCGAUUGACUACCCCGGGGAUGGAGCACUUUUCAUGUGGACAUGAUCAGCAAUCCGGAAUGGAGCGAUUUCAAUCACGUGGCCAUCAUCAAUGCAAAGUUCUGGAGUAAAAGAAAGUGGUUGCAUAGGAAAAUAGUCUAACUCACAAAGAAUUUGUUUGAAACACCAAUAUGGCCGCCGUUUCAUUGUAUUGAAACACCAAUAUGGCUGCCGUGACGUCAUGUGAAAACGCUUAAUUCGUGUUUUUGAAUUCAAUUAAGUAAACGUAAGCUAUAAAAUAAAUUAACUUAACACUGAUGACACUAACAAAUGCCCAGAUUCUGAAACGUAUACAGCAAAUCGAACUCAGUCCUCAGUGACUGAUGGAGCACCUUCCAGGAAUUUCAAGAAUAUAAUACUGAAGCAAUGACAAUAAAAAUUACUGUAUUUGUUAAGGUUAUGCAGUUGAUGUAAGACGUUGCAUUAAAAUAUUCUAAUUAUGCCAUUGUUCCAAAUAAGCGCUCUAGACCCACCACGUUUUGACGAGGACGGGUUACUGAGAAUCGGUCAGCACUGCUGAUUGAAACUGAGCGCCGCCUAAAUAGAGCUGUAAAGUUAGUUUUGUCACCAAGCGUGAGAGUGAUUUGUUGAAAGCUGGCGAUGAAAUUGGCCCAUAUUGAAAGUUGCCGUGAUAAACGUCUGUUAAAUGUCGUGACUUUACAGAUACAUGUACAUUCGCUAGCUUCAGACGUUUUACUUUCAAACUGGGCAGAUAUGGUCAAUGAGUUGUGUCAAUGCUUUCCUUGGAAAUAAGGCACUGUCCGAGAAAAUGACGGCGAAAAAUUUUAAGAUGAAGGGUUUUAAAGUUUUUUCUGUUCCCUUUAUUUUAAAUUUCAAUCUUUUCGAGUUACAUUCUACUUUUUUAUUGAAAGCAUGUUUACUUAUUCCUGGGCGAUAAAAAUGGUAUGCUGCCCCUUUGUCUACAAAUGAAAAAAUAUCUGAUUGACUGACAUUUUGCCUUUAUGAGUCCACAGGUACCCCAAGCUCACGAGUGAGAAUAGUUGUUUCACAACAGAAAUAUUGUAAGGGUUUGUAUGGGGAAUUAUUUAUCGUUAUGUCUCCUUGUCUCAGUCUAAGGUGUUUUCUUAGCAUUUUUAGCCGUUUCAAGGCGAAUUCAGCGAGUUGUAGUUCUGUCGCACCGUUGUAACAACGGCAGAGCAAAAUCUCGCUGGAAUCGCCCUGAAACGGCCAAAAAUGCUAAGAAAACACCAUGAAUUUAGACAUGGAGACAAGGUAAGGAUUUCUGAUGUAUUUUUAUAAUUAUUUUUGACCCCUAAAUAACGAUAGCUGAAAUCUCGAUACAAACCCUUACAAUAUUUCUUUUAUUCAACAACGAUUCUCACUCGUCGAGCAGAACAACGCAGCAAACCAUCAUACUGCAUCAGCCCUGUACUAAUUAAACUAAACAACUAGUCUAGUUAUCAGCCUCGUCGUAAAAAGACUUCCUGAAGUUCAAAGGUGUCCGCUUUGAGGCAAAAAGUAAGGAAAAGUCGAGGAAUUCAAAUUAAAUAAAAAGUAAAAUAACUGUUAAAGAGAGAACAAGUAACACGAAUAACAUGUUAUCCUAAAACUGAACUGUAAAAAAUUAAAUUUUUCAUUAUAACCAAACCUCCUGAAAAGUUUAUUGCGCUCAGUUUGCCAGGCUCUGUAUCUAAUUAUUUUUUGCUGUUUAUUGAAAAAAAAAAAAAGAAAGAAAAGAAAUUUGGUGUUACCUGGAUCUCCAAAAAGUUAAACAACAACAACAAAAACCAUAAGAAAGCAACAACAAUACGGCAACAAAACACAGGUUGUUUUCCUGACGCUAAAUUAAGAUGCAUUUCUUCAUUUAUAAACGUCCUCUGUUGCUGGCAAUUUAUUAGCGCCCACCAUGGUGCCUUAACAACAACUUAAGGUUAUUAUUGGAAACGAAUGUCAUUGUAAAGGCAACAGCAUUUCAGUUUUUCAUCCAAAGUGUUCUGGCUAUAAUAUUAAGCUAUAUUUAUUUGUGGCUGUUAUUUCAACCCGUUUGUCUUGCUUGUCGACUGAAUGAUGGCGGAAAGAGAUCUUUAUGUUAUGCUAACAAGUUAGAAGAAAAUUAAAAAAAUGUCAGCAGUACUCGCGUGGAUAACUUUCGUAUUUCUGGUAGGUAUAGACUAGAUUGUCAUGCAACUCCCACAAACACCUCCCCCUUAAAUCCUUUAAAAACAAAGUCAUGUCAAACAUCUUACAGUCUUACUGUUCGUGAGUCUUUUUUUUUUCUUUUUUUCUCCUUUUUCAUUUUUUUUCCUUUUAUCUAUUUACUAAUUCCUUGUUUUUUCUAGCUUUAGUGCCAACCUACCUCCUAUGCCUGAACAAUAUUUAGCUUUACUCAGCUCGAUUAGCUUUUUAGUUAUUCUGAGUAAAUGUUACCUUUUUUUGUAUUGAUAUAUUAUACUGUAAAUUAAGUUAACUUUUAUUUGGUAAUAAAGCUUUCAUUUGGUAAUAAAGCUUAUGUUCGACAUUCCUUCCUGAUUAGCUGUAUCUCAGUUUCGAUGGAACGUCAAACCAAAAUUUUCACCACUGUCAUUUUAUUUAGCAAUACAGGUUACACAAUUGGCAUUUAAUGUGAGUUUUUAGGGUUAGCAUCUCAGUGUAGAAAAUACACAAUUUUUGGUUUCUGAUAACAAAUAAUCGUUAUGAGAAAAGGCGAGUAAAGCAAAUUUUACAAGUUGGUUUUCUUUUAUGCUCAUGUUAUUGCUUCACUGCAGGGAAUUGAAGCCAGUUUUGUAAAGUUUGUCAUAUAUAUUGGCAGGAUACAAAAUAAAACAUGAUCUUCAAUUGAAAUCUUAAAAGUAGAAAGUAGGCAACGCUUCUUUUUUUCUACUCGAGCCUGUUUUAAAAACACACUCUGUCCAAAGAUAUAAUAAUGAAAUUGUUCGUUAAAUAAUGCCACAGUAAUCCUGGCCGAAAAAAGGUGGCCAAACAAAGAGAAAUUUGGUCUGUCCCACAAAGUUUCUGACUAAUAGAAUAGUGUCCGUUAGGUUUCUCAUACUUUCUGCUCUUCAUUCCAUUCACCAGACAAAAAAAAUAACUGCGACAAACCUUCCUACCGGUUGGUUAAGCAAACAAACAAUUCAACAAAAACUUGCAGUUAAGCGAACAAAUCUACUGUUUUUUACUGUCCAAAAAGGAUGGCAAGAAUACGCAAAAAUGUUUCUCAAUAAGUGGCAACGGAGUUAUCGUUCACACUAUACAAAUGCAGCUUUGAAGAAUCCCUACUAGCUAGUAAGUAAGGAUUUUAAGGACUCGAAAAUGUUUUAAAUGAUAAAUAAAUUAAAACAAUUAUAGAAUUCGGCUCUCGUAUGAAGUGAAGAGCCGAUGUGGAUCUCAUUCAAACGGUUUUGCAAGGGGACGAUAACUAAUUCAGACUUUUAAAUUAAAUUUUCAAUUUUUUUCACAGAUCAGGACAUCAAACGGAGACCAAGGUAUGAAAGGAGUUCUCUUUUAUCGUCAAUCAUGGUGUUGACGAAAAAUACCACAGUAAACUAUCUCUAAAUACCGAUACCUUGGGGACCGGCACCAAGUGUCCGACUUAGAAAGAUGUCCAUCUUAUAGAGGGUCAAAUAAAGGGAGUAAAGAAAGGCAGGGACCAACUCUAGGUGUCCAUUUUACUCAGGUGUCCGUCUAAUAGAGGUGUCCGUUACGAGUGAGUCAGCUGUACAAAAUACCUUUUUAUCACCUGGGUAGGAUGGAGAGGGAUCAAUGGGAAGGCGGAUAGAGACUGAGUGGAAGUAAAAAAAGAAGGACUCUUGGGGGCACAUAAUAGGCCAUUGCCGAGUUCCCCAGGGCCUCUGUAUCAAAACGAGGUUAAAAGCUCAGCCUUUGAUAUGGAAAUGAUUUUUUUUUCCCUUGCAAGCAAAACUCAUUUUCACAGGAAAGGUUUGUGCACUUGGCCUCAUUUUGAAAGUGAGGGUUUUUGGGACUUGGAAGUGGCCUAUUCGGUGUGUGAAGGAAAUAAGAUAGAGAGUUGCCUCACAUGCACGUUCCUGAGUGGAUCCUACAAAAGACUGCCAUGCACGCUGUUAACUGUCUUCGCUUUCUGAAUUUGAUUAGAGUGCCAACAACCUCUGGGAAUGGAAAAUGGGGCCAUUGCCGACGGUCAGAUCACUGCGUCAUCCUUCUAUAGCUACCACCACGCACCCCAGGCAGGCAGACUGCGCUACAAGCACCUUUCACAACCUAGACUAGCUGGAUGGGUUGCUUAUCAUGGCGAUUUAAAUCCAUGGCUUCAGAUUGAUCUUGGUCUUCAGUAUAACGUCACACGCGUGGCAACUCAGGGAAGGAGGGCAUAUCCUCAAUGGGUUACUAGAUACAGUCUGAAUUACAGUGAUGAUGGAAGCAUUUUUCAAAGCUAUAUGGACCAGCAAGGACAGAGAAAGGUAAAAAAAGUAGCAUACAUGAAAUAGAUCCCUUAUUCCCAUACGCAUUUACAGGAAAUUAUGAACAAAAUUUCUGAACAGGAAGUUAACUCGCUGAGGGGUAAAAAAUAGUUUAACUCAUGACCAGCACAAAACCCUGUGGUCAGUGUCAUUAUUUGUUCUACUAUCAACUUUGUCUCUCUCUGGGUACCUGCGGACGUCGUUUUCUUGCGCGGUUUUUAUCAAAACGUCGUUUUUACUACGAAAUCGUCACAUAUCAAGAAGUGUUUUCCGAGGUAACGUUUCUAGCGAGUUUGAGCAACCACGACGUUGACAGUGCAGCGACGUGAAUUUUGGCAGAUUUUUUUGCCUUCGUCAAACAUGAUCCAGAGAUGGCAAAGCGAUCGUCGCUUUAAUCACUUUAAUGACUUCGAUUUAGUCAAAAAAAACCAUUCAGUCUCAACAUCAGUAUCGGCAUCGAUAUCAGAGUCAGCAUUAAAGACAAUACAUAAUAAUCCGUAUUAACAUCGUCAUGAGUAUCGUUUUGGCAUCGCUUUGACUCAGCAUCACCGUCAGGGCAUCUUUGAUUACUGAUAUUGACAGCAAUGCUAGUGUCAAUGCUGGUACUGAUACUGAAUCUGAUAACGAAACACUGGUGUUAAUUCUGGGUGAUAUUGACUGCUACUGACACUAGCGCUGAUGCUGAUCUCAGUAAAAUCCUAUUCUGAAGACGUUUAUUUGAUGAGAGACGUUUUGUUGAAACACUUUGUGUGUUUGCUUUACUGCUGUUACGUUUAUUGUACCUUGUGAGAAAAAUCGAAGCACUUUGGCAAUUCUGAAUCAUUCUUGUCAGAAUUUUUUAUUCUAGAAAAACUUAAGUCCAUUAGGUCGAGACAUAUAAUUGAAAAGGGCUUCUCUUGUGUAUUUCGGUAUCAGGUAAAAAUUUCGAAUUAUGAUAAAUAUUCGCGAGAAAAAAGAAAAGGAUGCCAAAAUUUAACAGAUGUUGAAUUAUUUCGUUAAAUAUUUGAAAUCAGUGUUUGAAUCGCUCUAUAUUACAGGUUAAGCUUUAAGAGACAAUUUUUCGCUGAUUUUAUUUCAGGAAUUUGACGGGAACUUUGACGUAAACACUGUUGUCUAUCAUGAACUAGCCCCACCAAUUUUGGCGCGUUAUAUCCGUUUUCUCCCACUGGCUUUUUAUGGCGCGAGAGUUCUCAGGGUGGAGAUUUAUGGUGUAAAAGAAGGUAAUGAAGAGGUUUUUAUCUGAAAAUUCGUACUGGCACCUUUUACAUUUUGCAAGAAAAGUAGAUGGUGCAAGAGUUGAAAAUAUUAUACAAAGCGAGAAAAAUACAAUGAGGACAUCAGUUAUUUCGUCUUACAUCACUAACUGGCCGCUAUGGAGAAGUUUUCACGCAGUUUGGACGUUUCCAAUGAUCCAUCCCUUUAUGGCAGACAUUUUUUUGGACUUAGUAUUUGUACGCCUCCUGAUUAUUUUAAUUCUUUCUUUGUCUUUUUUGGUCUUUAGGAGGAGAGAAACCACUCGGAAUGGAAAGCGGUGAAAUUUCAAAUGGUAACAUCACGGCAUCUUCCUAUUGGGCUGUGCACCAUGAACCCUAUUUGGCCAGACUCCAUCUUCAACCAAGGUGGGUAGAAGCUCGGGGCUGGGCAUCUGGCACUAAUGACGUUAACCAAUGGCUUCAAGUUGAUCUGGGCAUCAAAUAUGACGUAACACGUGUGGCAACACAAGGAAGACCGGAAUAUCCUCAAUGGGUUAAAAAAUACAGCCUGCUGUACAGUGACGACGGAGUCACUUUUCAUAACUACAUGAACGAGCAAGGACAGACAAAGGUAAAUAUUCUAGACUUUCCAAGUGAACUGAUAUUUUCAUUAUUAUUUUUUGUGUACACAACACAACAAGUGUACACAACCCUUCAUUAAGGUGCCUGCGUGAUGCAAGUAAGUCAGUGUGUUGCUUUGCUUUAGAGUUGCAAAGUCCUGUGGCUAUCCCAAAACCUGCGUCCUGCUCGCCGUGUGAGUCGCCCAUAGCUCAGUGGUUAGAGAGUCCUACCGGCAUCUUGAAGGUCGUGGGAUCGAGGUCCUGCCGGGAUUUCGGAUUUUUCUUUUGGAGCAUUUCUUAGUUGUACUUAAUAUCUAGUCUUAUUCUUAUUCGUCUUCUUAUUUUUAUUAUAAUUAUUAUUCCUAGUGCUAGUGCUAUAACUUGAUUCUUGUGAAAAUGAAAUGAUCAGCAUGUCACGAGCGUGGCACAAAGAAAACAUCUGAGUCCCCAACAGGAUUGGAACCUACGACCUCCCAAACACCUUGCGGGCCCUCUAUCUACUUGAGCUACGGAGAACUCAUGGAGAGCGAGGCCAUAUACUAGGUUCAUAUUUGACUCGCGUCCCGCAUACUGCUAGGAUCAGCAAUGUCUUUUUUUUUUUAGGAAUUUACUGCCAAUACCGAUAUGAACACGAUUGUUUCUCACGAACUUAUCCCACCUAUCAAGGCUCGAUUUAUCCGCUUCCAGCCACUGGUUUGGCACGGUCACAUUACUAUGAGGGUGGAACUUUAUGGUUGUACUCAAGGUAUAAAAAGUGUUCUCUAUUUUAGAAAUAUAACAUUCUCUUAUCUGUAUAUCACAUAUCAUAAAUAUAGCCAGAUUUGAGAAAACGCACCUCCCGAAAUUUGAAGCUAGUUAAGUGAAAAAAGGCCAAUUAAAAGCAGUUUUUUUUCGUCUGAAAGACCCGAAAAUCACACUAGUGGAAGGAAAUGAGGUACGGUAACUUUAUAUAUUUUAUGGCGCCACCGGUUACUCCAUGAUGUUUUUACACAGGAAUGUCAUUAACUUGCGCAGGAACAAAUUGGCGUUGAUGACCUUAGCAAUUUCUCUUUGUCCAAUAAAUUUGAGUUAUUUUAGUUAUGUGCGUCAUACCCUUAUUUGGGUAUGAUAACGUCAAAGUUGACUUUUCAUUGGUGGAUUAAAACUAAGGAACGCAUUCAUUGGUUGAUUCAUGUUGUAGAAGAAAUAAGCCCUAACUCGCCUGUAACUUAAAAUCACGGGUCGUGACGUUAUUAUACAAGUUCAAUGUCCUGUCGCCUUUAUUGUUCAUUGCAGAAAACAAAUUGUUCCAGUUCCGGUUCACUGAUUGGCUUAUCCCUACCGUUUCGCUUGUCCACAAUUCGCCAAAUUUCUAUUGUUUUCUCUUUCAUCCCAAUAGUUUCUCUUUUGACCCUGCAGUUGUAUUUCUGACUUUAAAAAAAACUGAAAAAAAAAAAACUGUCUUAGGCCGCGGGUCACUAUAAAGACUUGACAGAAACCGGAAACCGCGCUAGAAAAGUCUCUGGCACCCAGGGUAGCCCAAGGCGUUAAAGUCCCACAACCAUUUGCCUUCCUUGCGAUUUAAUAGGCAUAUGACAAUCUGCGGUAAGAUGGUUGAUGACAUAUCUGGUCACAAGCAAUUCGAUGUUGCGUCUCUACGCAAGCUACGUUACACCACGAAAAACUUGUAGAAAUUUAUAGUUCGUCCAUUUAUUUUAGCGUGUCUCUUAAAAGAUAUAUAUGUUAUUCACCGGCUGGGAAGUCCGUAUUGGGAGAAACUGAGCCCGAGGUUUUUUUCCUACUGAGAUUUAAAAGUUUCAGGAAAAUUUUACAUCAGCCUCCGACCUAUGUGUGUUGAAGAAGGGCGCGUUCGUGUUGAUGUUACUCAAAGCGCGCGUUCGAUUGCAAACCAAAACAAAGCAUUACAACAUGAUUUUUAACUUGCCAUUUAUAUUAUCACAAUUUUAGAAUAAAGAAAGGUUUUUGUGUCUUGGUAGACAAUUCAUAAUCUGAGUGUCAAACAAGGAUAAAUUAAAAGAAUUGACAAACUUAAAAGCCACAGGAAAGAAAAUUACCGGUUUUGCUCAUUCACAAACAACAAACAAACUUGUGAAUGAAGCUGCCAACGAUUCCGCCCGGGUUAGCGGGCAAGAUCGUAAAAAACCGCCCUCUCUCAGAACUAAUCAGAUUGCCGGAUUUGGAGGAUUCCGCCCUCUCACAAGCUUAGAAAAAAAUAAAAUGCAUCGUGAAGAAAUUUACAGUUAAGAGCUUAAAAUAUUUGCUUCUUCGUCUUAAUAUUCUAGAAUGCCAAAGACCCCUUGGUGUGGCGAAUGGUGCAAUAACUGAACUACAAAUCACGGCCUCAACAGAAUAUAAUAGCGAUUUGGCCCCUAUGUUUGGCAGAUUGUUUUACCUGGGUGGGUGGUCAACGGCUGUGAAUGAUGUUAGUGAAUGGUUGCAGAUUGAUCUGGGCCAAAAGAAUGUAAAAGUAAUUGGUGCUGCUACACAAGGAAGACACAACUCAGGGCAGUGGGUUACCACGUACAAGCUGCAGUAUAGUGAUAAUGGAGUGAACUUUAUUUACUACAAGGAGGAAGGACAAACAUCUGAUAAGGUAAAAAAACUUGUAAAACAUAUUACUUGCAAACAAGGUUCAAGAUUCAAGUUAAUUAGGGUUAAAGCUCGAUGAUUUGGUUACUGUGUUACACAGAUUGACCCAGUAGCAAAGGCCAACUAUGCCCUGGCCGUUAAGAGCUGCAGAAAUUUUGCGCCACGUUAUUAUGUGUAGUGAUGAGGCGAUGACAAAUUUCACUCUACAUAGAAUUGUCCCGGUUUUAUAAGUCAAGAAAGGAAUGUAAACGAUGAGAUGCCACAACGCCUCCGUGGACUGUGAUCUGGGAGAGGGGCAGGAUUUCUUUCAAUCUAUUUUUCUCUUUUUUGUUAGUAUAGGUUUUCUCUGGAAACAGUGACGAUUUCACGACAGUUUUCCAUGAACUGAUCCCUACGAUCCGCACACGUUUCAUUCGUUUUCGGCCAAUGACUUGGAAUUAUCAUAUCUCAAUGAGGGUGGAACUUUAUGGCUGCUUACUAGGCAAGUGACGAUAUUCUUUUUGAUUAUAGUACACAUUUAACCUUUGUAGCAAAUUCUAAGGAGGAUCAAACAUUACUUCUGAGCCUGGCGGGUGGAAAUUGUAUAAUGUAUUAGAUUCCGGUACGACCGCCUUGUGAAGACCUACGAGACAAAACACUGUGUUUCAAAGCCUCUUCUUGUUUUAACUAACAUUACAAGAAAUACAAGGACAUCUUAUCCCUCAUCUCAUAGGUGUCCAAAAAGGGCACAAAAAAUAGAUCCAAGCUUCCGUAUGGCUUUGUGAGUUGCUUUUAUUUUGAAUGGUAGAGCAACGCUACUGUUGGGAGACGAUAACAUGAGAACAAAAAUAAGCAGUUGAAAAGCGUUGAGUUCAUUCCAUUCAUUUCCCUGUUUUCGUGUGAUAUGUUUUCCCCCACCUGGGAAACACGUAUCCCUAGUGAUGUGGGGUGGUGUAUGUAGGUAAAGACCGCAGAUUGCCAGUUUGUGGCUAGCAUGAUUCAAAAGGUCCCCGUGCGCCAAAAGCCUGGUUAAACUAAGGUUAACCAGGGUGCAAGCCUGGUUCAACCAACACGGGUUUUCAGUGGUUGUCAAACCAGGCUUACCAGGAUUUACCAUUUGUGCAAGAAGCCUGGUUAAAUUUACCAAGGUAUUCCUGCUAAGCUGGCAAGCCUGGUAAUUCCCAGAAAAGGAAACUAGGCUUCACUAUGAAACAGGUUACCCUGGUCAACCAGGGCUUUCCUGGUUAGCCUGAUUUAUGAUUAAAAAAAAUCAGUAAAUUAGGCUCAGCCAGUUUUAUGAAGUACUGAAUUAAUCGGGUUUUAAACAGGCUUAAGCUAACUGAGCAAAAAGCCUGGUUAACCAUCGAGGGUAAUCUUGGUAAAUCUGGUAAAUCCUGGUUCUCAGCAGAUCUUUCAAAAUAGCUAUACCAGGCUUAAACGGAAUAUAAACCAAGCCUGGUUAUCUACUGUGCAUUCCUUGUAACCCUAAUUAGGAGCCAGUUUUUUUCCCUUGAACCACGAAAACUGGGCUUUAAAUUAUAAGUUAGGUCAUUAUACAAAAAAAAAUUAAAAACGGAAAGCUAUGUUAUGGGACUCGAAUCAUAACCUCACAGUUAUGAAAAAGAACCGGCCAGCAAGUAGUAUCCCCCAUUCAAGCUACAAUAAUAAUUUUCAAAAUUAAUUUCUCUAUUGAAAAGGGUAUUCUUCCCAUUGAGUUUGGACAAUCAAAGAAAUAUAAAAAGAAAUAGAAAAUAUAAAAAUAGAUUUUUUUUCAAUAUGCAUGGUGCUGAAAAUUGCUACCUUUUUUGUGUAGCAUUUUUUUCGAUGUUAUUAUUAAUAGUAGAUUGCAUUUUUGCCCAUUCUAGAAUGCCAAAAUGCUCUUGGCAUGGAAAACGGCUUAAUUUCUGACGCACAGCUUAGCGCUUCCUCACGAUGGAAUGACUUCGAAGGCGCCGACCGUGGCAGGUUGCAUCUUACGGAUGGAAAACGACUCUAUUGUUGUAAGGUAUAUAAGGUUUUGACAGUUGUAAUGUAUUCAUCUCAGCUCUCGAACUAUCAAAUUUUAAAAUGCCGUCCGAUGAUGAUCUCGCGAAGCAUUUCUGAGCUCAAAGACGAGUUUCGAUCUGGUUUAUCUUCUUUAAAGAGAGAACUUGCACAAGGACACGACGCUGCGCUGAAGAAGCUCAAGACAGCUACUGCUAAUGUUCCGAAGUUUUAAAGUAUUCAUCUCAGUUCUCGAACUAUCAAAUUUUAAAAUGCCGUCCGAUGAUGAUCUCGCGAAACAUUUCCGAGCUCAAAGACGAGUUUCGAUCUGGUUUAUCUUCUUUAAAGAGAGAACUUGCACAAGGACACGACGCUGCGCUGAAGAAGCUCAAGACAGCUACUGCUAAUGUUCCGAAGUUUUAAAAGAAAGGCAACGAGAAAGCAGUUCCUACUUAAUUCUGAAGUUCUUGAACACGUCCAGUCUGCUUCGACCGCUUAAUUUCUGACGCACAGCUUAGCGCUUCCUCACGAUGGAAUGACUUCGAAGGCGCCGACCGUGGCAGGUUGCAUCUUACGGAAGUAUGGGAUCCACAUCUCAGGUCAGGCGCUUGGAUAGCCAAAACCAAUGACAUAAAUCAGUGGCUCCAGAUUGAUGUCUUGGGUCUCAAUAGGAAGUACGUGAGAGUGACACGUGUGGCAACUCAAGGAAGAGAUUCUACUGCUUAUGGCGGGGUACAAUGUGUAAAAACGUACAAGCUGCAGUACAGUAACGAUGGAGUAAAUUUCCAGUACUACAAAGAAAAUGGACAAACCACUGCUAAGGUAAUCCCCUAUCCGGGGGGGAAGUACUUCCUUAUAUUUUUCUUAGAGGUAUGUGCCGCCUUAAAGGGUCUGAUUUUUGCCCCGUUUGGGUUUGAAAACGGGUAUACUCGCUUUGCCUAGUUUGGUCUGGUCUGAAUUCGGGUAUGGUUUUCGAGGGAAUACGAGAAUGCUUGAACGUAUUUAUCGUUUCAAUUCCAUGUUAAUCAUAAAGAAAAAGUAAUAUGCAAAUUCGACGAGGAUUUUAAGAAAUCUUUUAGUUGGUCUUCUAAUCCAAGUAAUGAUAACAUAAUUCCUGCCUACGCCUGGUCUGAAGACGGUUAUAGAUCUUAGACACCAGGUCUCAAAACGGCAUGGAAAAUGAAAAGUUUUUUUUUAUCUGAAAUAGGGUCAGGAUUUGGAGAACCGGGCGGGGGACCCUCACUACGAAUUCCCAGGAAUACCCCCCCGGGUCCUCUAUGUUGGUAAGGGGAUGAAAUUGCAAGUAAUACUUGCUCAUAGGAGUCCCUAAAAGUAUCGAACAACCUAAGCUCAAAUUAAAAAUCCUCCCAGGAGUUUUCCAAAGCCAGUAUUUCUUGUAUCGAACGCCCACCUUUACUACUCAGGAAGACAUACAAAGGCGACAAAAACAUACCAUUACGUCACAGACCUCUCAAAAGGUUUGGUUUAAAUUAAAAAAUCCUCCCAACUGGAAUUAUUUGAUUGCAUGUCUAAUCGUUACUACGAUAUAUCUCUCUCUAAUUAGGAAUUUCAAGGAAACGAUGAUAAUUAUACUGUAAUUCAUCACCACCUUAAUCCACCAAUCACUGAACGCCAUAUCCGUUUUCGGCCACUGACUUGGAAUGUUCACAUAUCAAUGAGAGUAGAGAUCUAUGGAUGUACUCAAGGUAACUUAAACACGUACUACUUAACUUCGCAGACUUGAGUUCAUAACUAGGAAAAUGAACUGUUGUUCAUAUCUUUCAAGACGUAGCUAGACAAACGCUAUUAACUGUGAAAGUCCUUUAAGAAGAUGUAGAUCAAGUAGAUGUAAGUAUUCUAUUUUGUCAUCGCGUUAUACUAAGACCCUGAUUUGCCAAUAGGAGUUCUUACAAACCUAGAAAACAACCCAAAGCUACAUUUAUUGAAGGACUUCCUCCUCCUGCUAAAAUUACUGAUUGCGCACUUCUAUUGCCCCUAAUUCUGAUAACCUUUGAAAUUAUGAUUUAGACGCAAACACGCACAAAAUAAAACAAACCAAUACAAAAUCUGGCUGUCACACAGGUCACUUUAGAAGUUUGUUGGUGUCUCUGUUUAGAUUAAAACCCACCAAGAAAUCAUACACACUGUUGGGUGAAAUAUCAAUAAAAAUAACCUGUUAUAGUAAAUUUUUUAAAAAAUUACUCUGCUGUUGUUAGAAUGUGCUGCUCCAGCCAUUGGAAUAGAGACGGGAAGCAUUCUUAAUUCUCAAAUGACCGCUACAACCGGAAAUGGGUCACUGGCUCGGUUACAUGGACGGUUUGCUUGGUGCCCAUUAAUAGACGGUUAUGGCGAAUACAUACAGGUAUAAAAAGAUCUGUUUAUACCACGUAGUCUGCUUCUCUUUUAAACCUUUAUUUACAGGUUUCUACAACCUGCAUGUUGUCAUCAAAAAGUUGGGCGUGUUAAUGUUUGGGCCCUUGUAUUAAUCGUUGCCUAUGUUGCAGUCGUCACCAAAUAUCGUCCACGUAUGCCGAUUAGCAAUUGAAAAGGCAAAAAGCCAUUGGAUACAAUGAUGAAAUGUUCAAAUUUCAAAUUCUUUUAAGAGGUCAUGGCCUAUAUUAUCAGUCACAUUUUCCUCAUACUUGGAAAUUUUAAAGAAAUUUAUUUAAUGAUUUUAUCAAAAGGGAAACAAAUCAUGAACGGGUGUUAGUCACUUGUCGACAACACAAGUGUUUAAUCUGACCCAAUUUUAGCUAACUGUAUUCCCGUUACCAUGCUGGCUAUAGAAACCCAGCCGCAAACAGUAAGAUUUGAUGUAUAGUGGUAGUCAGAGUAAUAAAUUUAAGUAAAACUGAAACUAUUUGUACCUCGGCAGGAUUAGCUCAGUCGGUAGAGCGCUUGACUGCAGAGCGGGGGCUCGCGGGUUCAAUUCCCGGGGUCGGACCAAUACUCGGGGUCUUAAAAUAACUGAAAAAUGAAGUUACUACCUUUGCCUUGCAAAUGGCUAGACCUUCGCGUGGCUCGGAUGAGGAGACGUUAAUACAGUGUCCACAAAUAGCACUUCCAUGCUAAAUACAUUGACACUCAAAUAAAGUGCUUUUUUUUAUUUUCAAAUGUGUUUUAAAGGUUUUGAAAUAAUACGAUAAGAUUGCAACAUGGCCUCUUUAAGUUAACAAAUAUAUUCCGCUAACUAUCGUAUUUUCAGCAAUCGUCUUGGUGUCACCUGUGUUAUGAAACACAUAUAUAUGUAUAACCACUUCACAACAGAAAUGCCCCUAAACGGCUUCAAAUUUUCCCUUUUAACUACCACAUUUGUGCAUGGUCUUACAUUGUUUAAGAUAUAAAACAAUUAAAAAAACAUAUUGGAUUAUAAUAAAUAAUUUCUUGAUUGUUUGAUUCCCUCAGAUUGAUCUUGGUCGACUGUAUCGAGUGUCUGCUGUAGCAACGCAAGGAAAUCCAGCAGGAAAUAAGUAUUACUUGAAAGAAUACAAACUAGGAUGGUCCAAUGAUCAAACAACAUGGGAAAAAAGUGUCGAGGUAUGAAAUUUUUGACCAUUGCAUCGAUGUCAGCACCAUCCAUCAGAGCGAGUUUACCAAGUCUAUGAUCAUCGUUAUUGUCUGAAUUUCACAGGUCACUGCAGGAAAUAUUAACUGUUAUGACGUUGUCAAGAACUCCGUUCCAGCAAUUUACGCUCGAUAUAUUCGCCUCUACCCAUUAACAUGGUACGUCAGAGGAUGUGUAAGAAUGGAGCUUUAUGGGGAACCUUGGCCAGAAGGUGAUCAAUCAUGGAUAUAAUUUAUGUUAUUAUCCCAAGGUGUUAGUUGUACAGAAAACACACCUAGUCCACCUCAAAAGAUCAAGUCAUCUGAAUCGUUGUUGCAUCGUUGGAUGCCUCUCUAUUUUCGUCAAAAGCCUUGACGGACAACCUAAAAGCUAAAACCAAUAGUAGUAAAGGACGCAGCGGAUACUCCUUUUUUUUUGUGUUGGAGAAAAGGACAAACAGGCCAUAUUAUUCGGGCAGUUCAGGCAUGCUUAGAAUGUCGAGGACUCAAGUGCUACUGUCAGCAGAAUAUGGCAACCAAUAAAAAAGCAGGACAUUCACGACCUUGCAAUAAAGAAACUAUCAAACAGUUUAAAUUUCCUGAAAAUAGCUCAUGAUGUCCCUUAUCUUCUUAAUGAGAUUCCACUGCAUUUUAUUUAUGAUAUAAAGACAAAACGCUAUCAAGUCAGCGGAGUUAGUAUAGUCCACCGCAAUUUAAUGAGAUUCCACCGUAAUAAAACGAAGUAAUCGGUGCACCCUAUACUACUACCAAUCUUGUUCAACUUGUUUAUUCUUAACAAAUAGGCGACUUUCUAGAUUUCACAAACACAGACCGUCUAUAAAUAUUUAAGAAAAUUCUAACGAUUGCAUUUGAUUUUUAUAGUUCCAGCAGCAUUAGUUUCUCCCAUUGCUCCUGAUAAGACUCUGACCGGUCAUGUGAUCUCUUCUGUGAAUAAAACUUACGCCAUGGAAUGCUUUAAAAUGUGCCUGGGAACCUCAUUGUGCAAGUCUUUCAAUUACAACGGGCAGUUGAAGAAGUGCGAAGUCAGCAGUUCCAAUGCAGAAGUACACGAAAUGACAGAUCAGGAAAGAUUCUGCUAUUACGAACCCACGUCUCACAAGAUUAUUUCUGUUUGAAACAUGGAUCUGUUGAGAGUAUGCAUUUCCCUUGAACUGUAUAUAGUUGUUUAUUUAACAAAAAAAGCUUUCAAGAAAAUUCACAUGACUGAAAGUGGCUGGCACGGCUUAUAGAUUGUUGGUGUAAAAUACAAUUGCAAAGGUUAUGAUGAUGUACUGGGUGCUAUGAACAUUAUCUCUAUUUAUAAAAAAUAUUAGCAAAUUAUGAGCUCAAAGAGUACAGCCGAACGGUAUGACUUCCUAGAAAUGUUUGUACAUUAGGCACAUAGUUCUGAACAUGUUUAUGAGUUUACUUCAGAGGAGUAGCCGGGCGGUGGAAGAAAAUUUCGACCACAAUCUGGUUUACCCUGCUUCAUAUAGGGUAUCUUUAUGAAAAGGUUGAAAGUCUUCAACACAGCAAAAAUCAAGCGGAAUCUGAGAGGGUUAGGACUUUUCAAUGCGAAAGUUAAAAACAAAUUCCAAAACUUAAGUCUUAAUUAUCGAGGUUCUCAUUUCUCAUUUGCACUAGACCUUAGCGAAAUGCGAAGUUUACAGUUUUAAACGCCAUUUAAAGCUCUCAAUGAACCCCUUAAUAGAGAUUAAGACCCUGUAUUCACUGUAAUUCAGAUGGUGGCAUGCAAUGAUGAUCGCAUGUUCUCAGAAAAGUUAUAUUACAGUUACAAUAACCUUAUAGAGCUUACGGAGAUAAAAAAGUUAAUAAGCUCAUUAAACAUGUUCUUUCUCAACAUUUUUUGCCAUUCUCCCGCCUUUUCAAUUUUAUCCUAAGAAUUGAGCUGCGCCCUCCUGGUUUCGAGGCGCCUUUCCAUGUUGCAACUUGCAAACCUGGGCCCAGCGGUAAAGAGGAAGAAGACUAGGACCAAAGGUGGUGCAUGUAGUGGUGAGAACACUCGCUAUCACUGCAGUGACACUAUCUGGAUUGAAGGCAGUGUCCUUGCCAGCGAUUUUUAUUUAUGUCAAUGCAAUUUCUUUGUCUCGAUAACACGUACCGUAAAUGAUCUAAUAAACGCCAAGGGGCGUUUAAUAGAUGGGAGGCGUUUAAAAGAGAGAGGCGUUUAUUCUCGUAACUUAUUUUAACGAACUCAACCUAACUGUAUACAGUAUGCUUUCGGCUGAAGACGUUUUUGUGUUAACAGAAUCUCGACUGCGGGCUGACGGCUUAUCUAGAAAUUGAACAUGACAUGAUACACAAACUGAUGUUAAUAAAGCAAUGAAAUUAAUAAAGUGAUUGAUUUUGCUCUAUUUCGCCAUUUCCUAGUAUUUGGGGGCAAUUUUCAAGGGGGGCGUUAAUUAGACAUGGGGCGUUUAUUAGAGAGGGGCGUUUAAUACUAACUUAACAGCGUCAGGGGGGCGUUUAUUAGAUAAGAGGUGUUUAUUUGAGAGUGGGCGUUUAUUAGAUCGUUUACGGUAACUUUAGAUUGUUGUUCAGUCGGUCAUAAGCGUCGAUGAGCUCUGCGUCGAUGUUUUUUCGCGUAGAUUCUAUUUCUCUUGUUUUGCAGUUUGAUGUGAUUAUAUAAACUAAAGGCGACUUGACAGAGUUAUUACAGAAGAUUCGAAAUGUUUCUGCGCACGAAAAGUUGCUGUUGCGUCAGUCUCUGUCGUGAAGAAUAAUUUUCCAUUUAAAAUAUCUUGUUUUUUCCUGUUGGCAAUUAAUCUACACCACCAUGGUGCCUGAAUCGAAAAUUAAAAUUAAAAUUAACAAACAAAUGUUUGAUUGUUUAAAUUCUAGCAUAUUCCUUCUUCUAUGGUGGAAGAUGGCAAAACUAAGUUAAGUUCUUUUAUAACCAUGGUUUCCUGUUGUUUGUCUUGAAUUUUUCUGAGCCGAUAUCUCUGAGCGACCAAAGCUUCCAUAAGCAAGUACCUGCAAUGCUGAUAGAAAAUACAUUGAUGUCAGAGGUACCUGCCUGCCUAAUUUUUAUAUUUCAGGUAAGUUUGAGUAAAUUUUUGGAUGCAUGCGUAAUGAAACUUGUCGUCCAUGUUUGAAAGAACGUUAAAACAGAAUGAUGAGAAAUAACAUUUCGUUAAUUUUUCAAGACGAUUUUGAAACGGCUCUUCUAAAAAGUAAUGCAUAAUUUUAAUUUUUUUGUCAACAAUAGCGUGCAGAAAACACUGAGAUUGAAGAGAAAGAAAGGACAAUUAUUAUCAAUCAUUACUUCACUACCACAUUGAGCUGGAAAACCACAAACCGUAACACAUAAGUCAGGGCACUUUAUUGAAGAGUGAUGCAGUAGGUGGGCGUCAACUCUGUAUAAACCUUAAUACCUGAGUUUAAAACAUUCCACGCCACAGACGAAAUAUUAAGGCAGAAAAAAUGUGGGUUUCAUGACAAAAUCAAGAGGUAGAAGUUAACAAAAGAAACUUUUUUUAUACCAUGCGCAACAAGGCAAAAAUAAUUUAUAUUAAUCUUAGAUAAAGCAUUUUUGGCUUUCAAGAUACAGGCAAAUCAUGCAUCUGACAUGCAAUCUUGUUAACUCUUCAAAAUUCAUUCCCUUCGCCAAGUGCAAAUAUAGUAUAAAGCAAAGUGAAAUCAUCUAGGAUUGCUUCAUUAUUUUAUAUGGUGCACAACUGUGAAACAGUGUAAGUUGGAAAUGACGGAAAGUAUACUAUAAAACAUAUUGGUCAAAGAAAGGUUUUCAAGGAUUCUUGCAUGGUGAUGUAGUAUAGAGCAACUUAAGCAAAAAGUUAUCUAAUCAGAAGUUGAAAUUUUUGCUUAUCAGCUUAUGAUAGUCAAAUGAAAAAUUUGUUUCGAAAAAUAUUAAACAACUUUGCAAAUAGCACUCAAAGCAAAACAAUCAACUUUUCCCAACUAUGCUAAGGUUAAAUUGUAAAUUAUUUAUGAUGAAGACUCAAUUAAACAUUCCUUACAAAAUGUGUGACUGACGACCUCUCUCAAGUAAUUGACUUUUUUGUAAAAAUGAGGACAUUACUUACUGACUAAAGGACGUUUACUUAAUGUAAUUCAGUUGUUAUUUUAAUAAAAGAAAAACAAACAGAUUACAGAAACGCAGAGUUAUUUAGAAUUUACAAUAUUGUCGGUUAUUAGAUCUCGUUGUAAAGCUCGACCAUGUGGAAGCUUUUUAUAAGAUUCAAAAAUUGAAAUCAUUUUUCAUCGUGUUUUACAGAUCGUGCUGUCAAAAGGCGAAAGAGGUAAAUAAGACUUGUAAUUUAUGUUAACAAAUCAUUUUAUUGUUAACAAACAAGAAUACAACAUCAUUAGUCUUGGCCAAUUAAUGUCCAAUGCAUGGAGUGUGUCAAAAGGGGAAGGCAUCCUGACGUAUGGGGUUUGGUUCACGGGAAAGGAAGGUGACAGGCAGUUAAUUUGGUGUCCAGUAGAUCUAUACAAAUUGAUGUUUUUAAAUACAUAUAUUUCAGCAAGGAACCUACUUAAACUAAGGUCCUUUUCUUAAAUUUCAUUAGAGUGUCAACAAGCUCUGGGAAUGGAGAAUGGUGCAAUUGCCGAUGGUCAAAUUACUGCGUCUACAAUUUGGGACAGUUAUUUUGUAGCCCAUACAGCCAGGCUACACCUUAAGCCAUUUUUAUCGUCAUCUAGAAUAGGCGCAUGGGUUGCGGGCACAAACUAUGGCGAUUUAAGUCCGUGGCUCCAGGUUGAUCUGGGUGUUCAGUUUAACAUCACACGCGUAGCAACUCAAGGAAGACAGGAAUACCCUCAAUGGGUUACUAGCUACAAUCUCCAAAAAAGUGACGAUGGAGUCACGUUUGACUACUACAUGGACCAGCAAGGACAAAGAAAGGUUCGAUUCUUAAAUAUUGAUAAAAUAAUGCUUAAGAAACAAUUUUUUUCUAAAAAUUCUCAUUACUAACGACGACUUAAUUAAUUGAAUUAGAAAAAAGAUAUUUUUUAUUUGUGGAGAUAACAGAGAGAUUUAGAAUGACAUUUACUGCAAGCGAGAGUAAGAUUCAAGUUGUCAAUUUCUCAAAUUUAGCAAUGAGAAGGUAAAAGCUAUCCAAAAUCAUUAUUUGAUGAACCUGGCAUGGUACUCUUACUUUUUCUGAGUUGAUAUAACCAGUAAUAAAAGAAAAAGGAAAGGGGAAACUUAGUCACUUGAUACAAAUUUUCGUCUGCCGUUUGCCCUAAACGAGAUUUUAAAUCCCUCCGUUACCACAAUCCGUACCCCUGAUUCUACCCAUAACGAUAUCAGGCUGAAGAUGAGGUGAGAAACAGUUUGAUUUAUGUCCAUUUCAGGAAUUUAGCGGGAACUCAGAUAAAAACUCAGUUAUUUGGCAUAGACUUGACCCAUCUAUUUUGGCGCGUUACAUCCGUUUUCUCCCAUUGUCUUGGCAUGGUGAUAUAGCCCUGAGGGUGGAGCUUUAUGGCAUAACAGAAGGUAUGUAGAGGCUUCUGUCUUCAAAUAAAAGCCGGGCUGAGACCUUCGACUGACUGAGGCUAUAGUCGCACUAUGCCGGAUAGCUUUUGCGCAUGCUCGAAACUUAUACCAGAUACUAGGGCUUCUGUUCACACGUAUGAACGGCGAUUUCAGCGCAAUUUCGGCCAGACUGCAAAACAGUCGGUAUUUUCUCAAGAUCAGUAAAGAAAUCAGGAAAACGUGGCGUAAGCGUCUUACGGGCGUGAAGCGUCUCUCCCCAGUCUCGCUCUCUGUUUUCAGCCUCGUUCCAGACCUUUUGUUUGACUGCUCGCGCGUCUUGAAUACGCAAAAGUAUGGACUGUUUUGUAGUCUAAAUUUUGGGCGUAAUUUCUGUAAAGAAUUUUUGAGUGUGCCGCGCCGAUCUCUAAAUAGGUUGGGGAGUCAAAAAUAGGUGUUCAUAUUAUACUGGAUAGUUGUCAGCACAAAAAUGUGUCCGGUAUACUGAGUGUGAACAUAGAUAGCCUUAAUAACUGCCAAUUUGAUUAGCUAUGUGUCUUUUUUGUCUUGUCAUAAAUCCAGUCAGUGAGGGUAAUAUUCUUCUUUGUUCACUUGAGGAAUUUGUCCAUAAGACAUCUGUCUUGCUUCACUAGACUGUAGAUAUAGCUGAAUAUAUAAGAGCGCAUUCAGGAGUCUACUUUUUUGGCACUGAGGCUUUUCGUACCGAAACUAAGCUAAUCGGUAUAGUAGUGUAAACAUUAGCCUAAGCAAUAAAAGAAAUCAUUAAUUUUUCAAAAUGUUUUGCAGUUUCUGAUUGCCUACAAUCCCGGUUUAUUGUUUAUAAACAGCCUGCGCCUACCAUAUUUGGAAGAUGCACGUAAUAACCCAGCGAUUCAAUUUUAAAUUUCUAGCAGCUUUGUUUCCAGGCACUACCGUUAUGAAGAUCUUUCUGUUUAUGCCUGAGUAAACUAAAAAAUGCGAAACAAAUUCCAGAAUGAAAUUCCAGAAUGCACUAAAAGGCAAAUGUUUGAAUACAACUAGAAGAAUGCAAGGUUGUUAAGAACUUAGAAAUAUUAUAAAUAAAUAAUAAAACAAUUAUUGCAUACGGCUUUCGUAUAAUGCGAAGCAUUCGGUUGGGCGGAAACAUGUUCACGUCAUACUCCGCCUCAUUCAAUAAUUGUUAAUUAACUUCACCAUGAAGGGGUCGUUUCUACUUAAAUAUACUUGAGGAAAUGAAGAUAAAAAGGACGUUCUCUAUCAGUCACGUGCAUUAAAAAAUCUUUCAGCGCUCAAAACUUUUUCUACUUAUCAUGGGUAUUGCUUUGCAUUCUAAUCGUUUAGAUGGAGAAUCGAGUCUUGGAAUGGAAACUGGUGCAAUUCCCGACGGACAAAUAACGGCUUCUUCCUAUUGGGGCCAAUACCACGAGCCCUAUUUAGCCAGACUGCACCUUCAAGAAGCUUGGAGCCAGUUCCUUGGCUCCUGGGCGGCAGGCUCGAAUGAUGUCAAUCAGUGGCUUCAAAUUGAUCUAAGUAUCGAACAUAACAUAACUCGUGUCGCAACACAGGGAAGGCAGGAUGCAAAUCAAUGGGUUACCAAGUACAAUUUGCAUUACAGUGCUAAUGGAGUUACAUUUCAAUACUAUACGGACCAGUAUGGACUCACAAAGGUAGCAUUGCGUUCUUUCUUAUCACUUCUAGCCAGAGUUCUUAAAGACAAAUUGUCAGUGUCAGAAGUCCUCUGAUCUGGUAAAAUAGACGAAUUUGAAAUUCCUUUUCAGUUGCAAUUGAUCUAUUUACCGCUCCAGAUGCCACAAACAGAUGCACAGAGACGUCAAAUUAUAAUCCUGUUUGGACAACGUUUAAACUACCCAGCAGAGCAGAAACUUAGGAUCGGUUAUUUAAACGAAGUCUACUUUUCACGGUGGUUUAUUAGGAAAUAUUUGAAAGGGUGGAUUCAACCCCCCCUUUUUUUUUUUUUGAUAUUUUGUACUUAUGUUUAUAAAAAGGAUCUAUAUAGCUGGCAAGUGUGGAUUCGGCCAUUAGGCCUUUAAUUCUGACUUUUUUCGAUCAGCCACUGCUUUGAACCUCCAGAACUCUUCCUAAGUGGGUUAUGUUUAAUUACGAAUACAAAUGGUCUACGCCGAGUUCUAUCAUGAUAAUGUUCACAAUUUUAAACGGCGUUUCCAUAAAAGAGUCAGUUCGGCAAACUGAAAAUGUUUUAGAACGCCGUUUUGUUUAACACUAGCUAAACUCCGUUUAAAUAACUCAGGCCCUAAUAUUGUUUAAUUAAUUGCAGUGGUCUCAUAAAACAAAAGAAAAAAAGAAAAAGAAAGAAAAGUAAAAAUAAAUAAUUAAGUAGUUAUCCAAAUACCAUUGUAAUGAUGACUAUAAAGUACGUUUCUAGGAAUUUGCUGGAAACACGGAUAAGAAUACAGUGGUUUCUCAUGAGCUAAGCCCGCCAAUCACAGCACGGUUUAUCCGUUUUGGGCCCCUGGAAUGGUAUAACCACAUUUCCAUGAGGGUGGAACUUUAUGGAUGUACUCAAGGUAUCGAUCUGCUUUAACCCUUUAAACCCUUUAAACCAUGAUAUCAAAUCACUUGCUGUCCCUAUACUUUUUCAAUACAAGUAGUAGGGAGAAUUUGAAUGUUGAAAUAUCAAUAAGACUCCUCUUCCCUGAUCAUGUACUCAUUUCUCUUGACCACUCUGUUUUCUAAGGCAUUGAUAUUAUAAGGAGAGAGGUCAGCAACAGAUCAGCAAUCCCUUGAAAUGUCUGCAAAAUGUUUCUCAGGCAUCACUUAGUUCCUCUGUACCAGCGAAUAAAUUCACAACCUUCCCACUCUCCCUCGACCAUACGCUAACUUACUCAGGCCGUAAAACAAAAGUAAAUAACAUCCUUCCGCUAUAGGGCUCCAAAACGAAUUUUCUUCCCACAUUUCUGCCUUCCUGGUUAAGUCAAAAUAAAGCCUCUUAAGGAAAAAAAAUGAUUAUUCCGUGGAAUGAGCACGAUUAUUUGCCAAAAAUGUUAUUUUGAGAAAAUUGUUCAUUAACCAUUCUUUGUAAGAUUUCUAAGAAAAUGAUUGACAGACGAUUGCUAUGGUGACGAGAUCUGACGUGCAUUUAAAUGUAGGCAUUAGAAAGAAUUCAUAGGCAGGAACUUCCUUGUCUGCUUACAAUCUUAGAUUGUCAACAACCUCUUGGUGUUGCAAACGGUGCUUUAACAGAGCUACAAAUUUCUGCAUCAACGGAAUGGGACUUCGAUCACUCAGCUAACAUUGGCAGACUGUUUAAAACCUUUCGUGCUGGAGCAUGGUCGGCAGGAAUAAAUGAUGGUAAUCAAUGGAUACAGUUGGAUUUGGGCAGACGGCGUAUAAAAGUAACACGUGUUGCAACACAAGGAAGGUAUAAUGGACAGUCGGUAACCACGUAUAAGCUACAGUACAGUGAAAAUACAGUCAACUUUUAUUAUUACAAGGAGCAAGGACAAACAUCAGACAAGGUCGGUGAUAAUUCGAACCCUACUAAAUUUCUGAACUCAAAAGGUAGUGCUUUUUUAAUCCUAUCAAUCUUAAUGUUUCGAAACUAAAGUGGCCCUAUGUUGUUUUAAUGUAAUCACAUGGUUGACCAAGGAGAAGUAGUUUUGAGCUGUGUUCUUCUCUUUUAAUUUUUUCUCCCUUUUUACACUGACUGAUGUAGGUUUUCUCUGGAAAUAGUGACUCCAAUACAGUAGUUUACCACGGGCUAAAUCCUCCGAUUUGGGCACGUUACAUUCGCUUUCGACCAGUGACGUGGAAUUAUCAUAUAUCGAUCAGGGUGGAACUGUACGGCUGUGAACUAGGCAAGUGGCAAAAUUCCUUUCGAUUUACGAAUAAAUUACACGUAGAGUCCGAUUCUUGUUGUUAUUAUUUUUUGUUUGCUAGUGUUUUUUCUUAAAGACACAUCCAUAGAAAAAAAAUUGAAGAUUCAUAUAUGCUCGUUGUAAAUAAUUGUCUUUUUUUUUAGCGGCAAAGUCAUUUUGGGGAAAGUUUGGUAAUCCUGCUGUGUGUUUUUUACUUGAGAGACUCAGCUUCGUAUGUAUACUUCAUACACAUGGGGUAGUUUUGGCUAAGCCCCGGAUUUCUUGUCCUCUGUAGUGUUGUAUACUUUUCAAAAAAACCUUGAAUCGUCGGGAAUUUUUUAUAAUUUUCAGUAGUCUCAAUAAGUUUGAUGUAAUUGGGUUUUAAUUUUCAAAGCAUAUAAGAAAAAACAAAAAGCAAACUGCAGUGAUAAACAUGAUGAUAUAUAUAUUAAAUGCAUUUCUGGAGAGAAAGAAGACUUAAACUUGACGUUUCGUAUGUUCCAACAUACAUCUUCAGAAGUAAUAAACUGUUGAAUUAACAUAAAAUAAAAAGAAGCAAAAGAUAACAUACCACGAAAAUUUGCAGAUAAAAGAAAACGUAUGCAAAUUACAGCAGUUAAGGUUUUUUUCCUGCUGUUAAACCAUUUUUAAUGAUCAUUGUAACUUGGAAUGUUUCCUUAGCUGAAAUUGUUUUUUUGGUAUUGCCAAUUAGGUCAUGUUACUCUUUGUAUCAGUCGUAAGCAACUGCCGAUAUUUACGUAAUUAUGAUAACUGUUAAAGGUGUUGUUUAUGACAUUAUUGUUUCUUCAGAAUGCCAAGAUGCUCUUGGCAUGGAAAACGGCUUAAUUUCUGACGCACAACUUAGCGCUUCCUCUCAAUGGAAUGAUUUGGAAGGCGCCCACCGUGGUAGGUUGCAUCUUACAGAAGUAUGGAAUCCACUUCACGAAUCAGGAGGUUGGGUAUCCAAAUUAAAUGACGUGAAUCAGUGGCUCCAGAUUGAUGUCUUGGGUCUCACCAGGAAUUACGUCAGAGUGACACGUGUCUCAACUCAAGGAAGAGAAAGCACUAGUUAUGGCCAACUAUAUGUCAAAACAUACAAGCUGCAGUACAGUAACGAUGGAGUAAAUUUUCAGUACUAUAAAGAAAGUGGUAGUACUAAUGCCAAGGUAACGAGACAUUUUACUGUGGAAAGUGAGGACAGUGCCAUUACUAUUUUGCAUAAAAGUUUUCAUUUUUAUCUAAAAUUUUGCGCAAUUGCUACGAAAGGAUAUUCAUAUUUAGAGUAAGGGUUGCAGUACAGUUUUCGUAAGAAAAGCCUGUGGCAUUUGCAACACACGACAAAAAUGCUUGCACUUCCACAUACCCUUCUACCUCAACUGACGGCAGAGCGACUAGUUCAAAAAAGGCUGUUUAGAUCUUUAACAACUUUAUAGCAGAAGGGGCAAACGUCUGAAAAUCAAGGCUCGGACUUAAUCAGUACACACCCGACAGUAGAAUCUUCUAGAAUGUUUCAUGGACUAUCUCUUUGUAACUUUUAAUUUUCUACAAUUACCACGCAAACUUCGAGUACUGAGAGAAUUGUGCAACCAUUCGUUGUCUUGUACCAAGUGGGGCUUGUGUCUGAUGGUUAACCAUUUUUCAUAUCUUUUUUUUUUUUCAGGAAUUUGAUGGAAACAUUGAUCAUUACAGAGUGGUUCAUCACGAUCUAAAUCCAUCAAUUACUGAACGCUAUAUCCGAUUUCGGCCACUGACUUGGAAUGUUCACAUAUCAAUGAGAGUAGAGAUCUAUGGAUGCACUCAAGGUAACUUCUAG